GAUUUCCGUUACAUAAAUCGCCUGUAGAAAAAGAUUCACUGUCUGCUGCGAAUUUACCUGUACAAUGUAAGAGACAAAUUUAUCUGUCGGCCUCUCCAAAAUCAUGUUUCUUAAGAAGUAUCGAUUCCAAGAGGACAGAAAGCUUGCUGAAAGCAAACGACUUGGACGUGUAUAAAACUGAAGAUAAUUCGUCUCUGCUUUCAUAUGUCAGUACUCAAGAGUAUAAAUAUGAGGACCCAGAAGAAGGUGUGAUUUUAUUCGAACGGCGACUCUGCGUUACACCGUUUAGUACUCCUAACAGAAGUGAAUGUGAUGCCAGAAGCAAAAUGGCUACGUCUGAAGUUUCGAGCACAUCCACUUAUCAAAGUUUACCAGAAGAGAUACUAUUUAUCGACGAUGUUGCUCUUAGACGAGAGCUCGCACAGCUUGGCGAUCAGCCUGGCCCCAUCACUGAUACAACCAGACAUCUCUAUCAACAACGUCUUUUGCGUUUAAGAAAUCAGUAUCAGAUAAAAAGUAUCAGGAAAGCCAAUCCUGUUUCAUCGAUGCCAAAUCAGAGCGCUCCAAGAAAUCAGACCUCGAAGCUGAGCAACAGAAUCAGACCGAAUUUAGAGUUUGGAGACUGGUUAAAUCAUCUGGAUACCUACAGAAGUCUGGAGAGGCAGGUAUUUCAAGAAUUCGCCUCGCCGGAUCCGUCUCGGAGGUGGCGCGAGGGCACGUCGAAAACGUCCUUUUCCUACCUGCUGUUAGACCCGCGUAUUACGCAGGAUCUGCCGAAUCGCAGCGUCCACCUUACGAGAUCGGAAGUCUGGUCGGUCUUCCUCAACGCCAUAUUCUACAUCGGUAAG